GGACAACACAUAAUAUGGGAGAAGUCAGCACAACUGGACUAAACCAAAAGCUAAGAAGUUUCCUGAAUAUAACCAAAGACUUCGAGAGACAGAAUAGCAGGGGUGGGGGUUUGUCCAUGGUUUUCAGGGAAUGUCUAGGUCAUUUGGCAUUACAAAGUUAUUAAGAAAAUGUUCUGCAUCUCACUUUGGUGAGUGGCACCUGGGGUGUUACACGUUAGCAAGCAGUCAUCUAAGAUGCAUCAAUUGGUCCCAACCUACCUGGAGCAAAGCAGAAUGAAGAGUACCAAAGACACAAGGAAAAUAUGAGCCCAGGAGACAAAAAGGUCCACAUAAAUUAGAAACUCCAUCAGCCUGGGACCGGGAGAACUAGAUGGUGCUUGGCUACCACCAGUGACUGGCCUGACAGGGAACACAACAGAGAGUCCCUGAUGGAGCAGGAGAAAAGUAGGGUGCAGGACUCAAAUUCUAGUAAAAAGACUAGCUUAAUGAUCUGACUGAGACUGGAGGGACCCCAGAGGACAUGGCUCCCAGACUUUCUGUUAACCCAGAACUAAAACCAUUCCCGAGGCCAACUCUUCAGGCAAAGAUUAGACUGCACUAUGAGAUAUGAAAUGAUACUUGGAAAGAGUGUGCUUAGCUCAGCAUUAUGCCAGUACAUACAGGCUUCUAAAGCCAGGGAUCGUGCCAGCCCUUUCAUUUCAAGUACGACUGAAGGAGAAAAUUUUGAGCAGACACCAUUGAGACGAACAUUCAAGUCUAAGGUCCUUGCCCGGUAUCCUGAGAAUGUAGAAUGGAAUCCUUUUGACCAAGAUGCAGUGGGAAUGCUAUGCAUGCCCAAAGGGCUGGCAUUCAAGACCCAGGCUGAUCCCAGGGAGCCUCAGUUCCAUGCUUUUAUUAUCACAAGGGAGGAUGGAUCUCGGACAUUUGGGUUUGCCCUCACUUUUUAUGAGGAGGUCACUAGCAAGCAGAUCUGUAGUGCAAUGCAGACCCUCUAUCACAUGCACAAUGCUGAGUAUGAUGUCCUACAUACUCUCCCUGUUGAUGGCCGAGACGAGAGUGUCAUGGAGGAUGGUGAAGGCACUCCUGGGACCAAGCUGCAGCGCUUCAACUCCUAUGACAUUAGUCGGGACACACUCUACGUCUCUAAGUGUAUCUGCCUCAUCACGCCCAUGUCCUUCAUGAAGGCAUGUCGGAGUGUGCUGGAGCAGCUCCACCAGGCAGUCACUUCACCACAGCCCCCUCCACUGCCCCUUGAGAGCUACAUAUACAACGUACUCUAUGAGGUGCCACUCCCACCUCCUGGCCGGUCCUUGAAGUUUUCUGGGGUCUAUGGUCCAGUAAUCUGCCAGAGACCAAGUACCAAUGAGCUUCCCCUUUUUGACUUUCCUGUCAAAGAGGUCUUUGAACUGCUUGGGGUGGAGAAUGUAUUUCAGCUUUUUACUUGUGCCCUUCUGGAGUUUCAAAUCCUGCUCUACUCACAGCAUUACCAGAGACUGAUGACCGUGGCAGAGACAAUUACAGCUCUCAUGUUUCCUUUCCAGUGGCAGCAUGUCUAUGUCCCUAUUCUCCCGGCUUCUCUCCUACAUUUCUUAGAUGCUCCUGUUCCAUACCUGAUGGGCUUGCAUUCCAAUGGUCUGGAUGACCGGUCAAAGCUGGAGCUGCCUCAGGAGGCUAACCUCUGCUUUGUGGACAUUGACAACCAUUUCAUUGAACUGCCGGAGGACUUGCCUCAGUUUCCCAACAAGUUGGAGUUUGUCCAGGAAGUCUCUGAGAUUCUUAUGGCAUUUGGCAUUCCUCCUGAGGGGAACCUUCAUUGCAGUGAGAGUGCCUCCAAGCUGAAGAGGCUCCGGGCCUCUGACCUUGUUUCUGACAAGAGGAAUGGGAACAUCGCUGGGUCCCCUUUGCAUUCCUAUGAGCUCCUCAAGGAGAAUGAAACUAUUGCCAGGCUGCAAGCUUUGGUCAAAAGGACUGGAGUGAGCCUAGAAAAGCUGGAAGUGCGAGAAGACCCCAGCAGCAAUAAGGAUCUCAAAGUACAGUGUGAUGAGGAAGAAUUUAGGAUUUACCAGCUAAACAUUCAGAUCCGGGAAGUCUUUGCAAAUCGUUUCACUCAGAUGUUUGCGGAUUAUGAGGUUUUUGUCAUUCAGCCCAGCCAGGAUAAGGAAUCCUGGUUUACCAACAGGGAGCAGAUGCAAAACUUUGAUAAAGCAUCUUUUCUAUCAGAUCAGCCUGAGCCCUACCUGCCCUUCCUCUCAAGAUUCCUGGAAACCCAGAUGUUUGCUUCUUUCAUUGACAAUAAAAUUAUGUGUCAUGACGAUGAUGACAAAGACCCCGUGCUCCGGGUAUUUGAUUCUCGAGUAGACAAGAUCAGGCUAUUGAAUGUUCGGACACCCACUCUUCGUACGUCCAUGUACCAGAAGUGUACCACUGUGGAUGAUGCAGAGAAAGCAAUUGAGCUGCGUCUGGCAAAAAUUGACCAUACUGCAGUUCACCCCCAUUUACUCGACAUGAAGAUUGGACAAGGGAAGUAUGAGCCGGGCUUCUUCCCUAAGUUGCAGUCUGAUGUGCUUUCCACUGGGCCAGUCAGCAACAAGUGGACAAAAAGGAACGCCCCUGCCCAGUGGAGGCGGAAGGAUCGGCAGAAGCAGCACACAGAACACCUGCGUUUAGACAAUGAUCAGAGAGAGAAGUACAUCCAGGAAGCCAGGAAUAUGGGCAGCACCAUCCGCCAGCCCAAAUUGUCCAACCUUUCCCCAUCAGUCAUCGCCCAAACCAACUGGAAGUUUGUGGAGGGCCUGUUGAAGGAAUGUCGCAACAAGACCAAGAGGAUGCUAGUAGAGAAGAUGGGCCGAGAGGCUGUGGAGCUAGGACAUGGAGAGGUUAACAUCACUGGAGUGGAAGAAAACACCUUGAUCGCCAGCCUGUGUGACCUCCUGGAAAGGAUCUGGAGUCACGGGUUACAAGUGAAACAGGGGAAAUCAGCUUUGUGGUCCCACCUGUUACAUUAUCAGGAAAACCGGCAGAGAAAACUCACAUCAGGAAGCCUCAGCACCUCAGGAAUACUUCUUGAUUCAGAACGGAGGAAGUCUGAUGCCAGCUCAGUCAUGUCUCCCCUGAGGAUCUCACUUAUUCAGGAUAUGAGGCACAUUCAGAACAUAGGGGAAAUCAAGACUGAUGUGGGAAAGGCCAGAGCAUGGGUGCGACUAUCCAUGGAAAAAAAGUUACUUUCCAGACACCUGAAGCAGCUUCUCUCAGACCAUGAGCUCACCAAAAAGUUAUACAAGCGCUAUGCCUUCCUGCGCUGUGAUGACGAGAAGGAGCAGUUCCUCUAUCACCUCCUCUCUUUUAACGCUGUUGAUUACUUUUGCUUCACCAAUGUCUUCACGACUAUCUUGAUCCCAUACCACAUUCUAAUUGUACCGAGCAAGAAGCUGGGGGGCUCCAUGUUUACUGCCAACCCAUGGAUCUGCAUCUCAGGAGAAUUGGGUGAGACCCAGAUCCUGCAGAUUCCCAGGAACGUGCUAGAGAUGACCUUUGAGUGCCAGAACUUGGGGAAGCUCACUACUGUCCAGAUUGGCCAUGAUAACUCUGGACUGUAUGCCAAAUGGCUGGUGGAGUAUGUGAUGGUCAGGAAUGAGAUCACAGGACAUACCUACAAGUUCCCAUGUGGCCGGUGGUUGGGGAAGGGCAUGGACGACGGGAGCCUGGAGCGGGUCCUGGUUGGGGAGCUGCUCACAUCCCAACCUGAGGUGGACGAGAGGCCAUGCCGGACCCCGCCGCUGCAGCAGUCCCCCAGCGUCAUCCGGAGGCUUGUUACCAUCUCACCCAACAACAAGCCCAAGCUGAACACUGGGCAGAUCCAGGAGUCCAUCGGGGAGGCAGUCAAUGGCAUUGUGAAGCACUUCCAUAAGCCCGAGAAAGAGCGAGGCAGUUUGACGCUGCUGCUCUGUGGAGAGUGCGGACUUGUCUCGGCCCUGGAACAGGCUUUCCAGCAUGGAUUUAAAUCGCCCCGACUCUUCAAAAAUGUCUUCAUUUGGGAUUUUCUGGAAAAAGCACAAACCUAUUAUGAGACAUUAGAGCAGAACGAUGUUGUCCCUGAAGAAAACUGGCAUACAAGGGCCCGGAACUUCUGCCGAUUUGUCACUGCAAUCAACAAUACUCCCCGGAACAUCGGCAAGGACGGCAAGUUUCAGAUGCUGGUGUGCUUGGGAGCCAGAGACCACCUUCUACACCACUGGAUUGCCCUGCUGGCUGACUGCCCCAUCACCGCACACAUGUAUGAGGAUGUGGCGCUCAUCAAAGACCACACGCUUGUCAAUUCCUUGAUCCGCGUGCUGCAGACAUUGCAAGAGUUCAACAUCACGCUGGAGACGUCCCUUGUCAAGGGUAUUGACAUCUGACCUCCCAGCGCCAACUAGCAGCAGGACCAAGGAAGACUCCCAUCCUGCAGCUCUGACCCUUCUUUCCGAAGGGACUUAACGCGAGUUGUGCAGGAGUUGGAGAGGAGGUGUACACUCACUGUAAAAAGAAAACUAGAGGAUUUUUGGAAUAAAUAAUCUAUUUUAGAGUUUAUUUGCUGAUUUGCUUUUUACACACUUUCAUGUGAAAGAAUGAUAGGGAGAGGGAGACGAGGUUGGUGCCGCUUAUUUUGAAGCUGGUGCCCUCCCUCGCCAUGGCCGCAUGAUGGGAGCCUGCGGCCUCCCUGGACUGAGCCUGUGGCGCCACGUGCGGGGCAGUUCUGCUUCUUGCCCCGUUGUGUUAAUGAGGCCAUUCCACAUCGUUUUUAAACUAAUGUUUUCUAUAUUAACAUUAUUACGGAUAUUUGGCUUUCAUGGGCCACACAGGUCUGCUGAGCAGGAAGCCCCAUAUUCCAAUCAAAGGGAUUUUUAGUAGUGCCUGUAACGAGCACUGAUGAGUCAGUCCCAUGUCUUUUCUUUUUUUGUCAGUAUUAUUUGGGAAGGAGACAUGCCAGGACACGUCACUGUGCAGAAACUGGGUUUCCUCUUGGCACACAGUUGCACAAAAGUAAACAUAAGCAUGUUUUAACAGGUUUUUUUUUUUUUUUUUUUACAUUUUAUUUAUUUAACCUAUCAUUGUGUGUUUUAAGACUUUUUUUUUUUGUUUUCUCCUUUUUUUAAGGGAAGGAAAACCUUGUCACAGUCUAACUGGCUAUGUUAUAAUUGUUAAAUUUAUAUUGUUUUGCAACUUAGAACCCAGCUACAGUAUGGCCCACUUAAUAAAACACCUGAAACAAAA